UUAUAUUCUAGAAAUAGAAGACAGGAAUAAGUAAAACCAAAUAAAAGAGUAAACGAAGUGAAGAAGAGACAAAAAAGAAAGAAGAAGAACGCAUGAUCCAUUGUUAGGGCCGAAGUUGUCCGGUUUUGAACGCUUCUCACGCGUAAUCCGUCUGUCUGUCCAAAGGACAUAUAGAACACGGAGUAUUUGUCGGUGCCAAUCAAUCAAGUAUAUUUCGUAACUUGCGAAGUUGUGCUGGGCGUUUGAUUAAUGUUUUUUAUGCUAUUUGAAUGCCUCUUUAAAAGUUGUGAGUGUGUGCGUCGUUAGCUGUCUGCACACAUAAGCCCGAAUGUGAAUGAAAAAUGAUUUUGAAUAAAAAUAAGAGAAAACAAAGAAGAUUUUAUCUGUCAACAGUGCCUUUUUAAGAUGUAAGGGCUUCCUGGAUGCCCAAGAAAUACCACUUACAUGGAUUUGCCAACAAUUGAAUUAUUAUCAAUUUGAUAUUCAAUACGCUAAUUGAUUUGCCGAAAAUCAACAACGUAUGGACACGUAUAAGCUUCCAAUCCCUUCAAUCAACUAUACGAACAAGCAACCAUUUAAUACCGCUAAGAAUACCACAAACACCACAACGCAAAGCAUCCGCAUAUUAGUCAAUAUCCAAUAGGCGGACCAAGAGUAGAAGUAUCGACAAGAAGCGAAGUUACCACCAGCAUUAAUAUUAAUACCUUCAUUAUCAGGCCUACCACCCUUUUGAAUAUAAAUUCAAGAUCACUAGGAUUACAAAAUUUUCUUCACGACGGGUUUCCAAAUCAAAAGUCGAAUAGGUAGGCGAACCCUAAACGAGACCGGCCAAACAGCCGGCAUUGACCUUUACAAAUUUAAGCAGAAGAUGGCCAAUAAACUGUCCGUAAUGACAAACGUUUUAAGAAAUGUGGUCAGUAAACAGCGUAUUCGCUAUAAGGAGAAAGGUUUCAAUUUAGAUUUAACCUAUGUUUGUGACAACAUUAUUGCCAUGGGGUAUCCCGCCGAAAAAUAUGAAAGUAUGUAUCGGAAUCGCUUGGAGGAUGUUUACAAAUUUCUGGAAGAGAAUCAUCGUGAUCAUUAUAAAAUUUAUAAUCUCUGCCUUGAGCGUAGUUACGACAUUAAAAAGUUUCAUGGGCGUGUUUCUAUUUAUCCUUUUGAAGACCAUAACCCACCAACUAUAGAAUUAAUACAAAAGUUUUGUGAAGAUGUUGAUGAAUGGCUGAAGGCAGAUAGUCUUAAUGUCGCUGCUGUACACUGUAAGGCUGGAAAAGGACGAACGGGCACUAUGAUUUGUUGUUAUUUGCUUUAUAGCGGUCAACAACGUAGUGCUGAAGAUGCCUUGGCCUGCUACGAUGAGAAAAGAACCAAGGACCGCAAAGGCGUUACAAUACCAUCUCAGCGACGUUAUGUACAGUAUUUCUCAAAAUUGAUACGUCUUGGAUUACCCUACGAACGUCGCAUCCUACAGUUUUGUGAAAUUCGUUUUUCCGAAGCUCAUUUAUUGCACAGUCAAGGCACAGCACAUUGCUCAAUUUCUGUAUUGCAAGAUACAACAUCGGCCGUUAAGGUUCAGCAAUUGCAAAGUCUGUCAAUUGAUUUUCGCAAAACUUAUAUUUUGGAUAUGAAAAACCCUGCUUUACCUGUCGCUGGUGAUAUCAAAGUCGAAUUAACAAAAAAUAAUAAAAAAAUUUUUCACUUUUGGUUUAAUACCUUUUUCGUUACGGAUUCGUCCGUUAUGGAGGGUGAAGGCAAUGACAUAAAACUUGUUUAUACAUUACGCAAAUGGGAAAUUGAUGAUGCUCAUAAGGAUAAGGAAAAUAAAUGUUUCUCUGAGGAUUUUAAGGUCGAACUUGUAUUUUAUAUUGAUGAUAACAAUUUUGGUCGUAAUCAGAUAAACACCAACCAUUUAACAACCAACCAUCGGCCAACGGCGCACAAUUCAACCGUACGAGUAUCUCAAACGAACAAUUAUAUUUUACCACAAAACAGUAGCAGCGGCAGUGAGAUGAAUUACAUGUGCGAUCACAAAUCCUCCUCGUCAGCUUCUAUGAGUAGCAGUCUUGGUGGUAGAGAUGGUUUCGAGACAGCAAAUCGGCAACUACGAAAUAGUAGCAGCCGUGAAAUUAAGCAGUUACAGCAACUCAACAGUCAUUACGCAGGUAGCGAGAAAACUAUCAAUGUCGCGACAGCCGAACCUUCACCACAAUCACUAGGAUAUAUGGAUGAGCAGCACAAUAAUCGCAGACAGCAUCAUAAUUAUCGUCAUAAGCAACAUCAGCCACAAAUGCAGUAUGUCGUUAAAAAGGCAUUAACAAUCCCAUCGACGCCAAAGCAGAUGGAUGAUCAACGUAAACAGAUGCUAACUUCUGCGGAAGGAGAAGUUCUAAGGUUGCCACCUGUUCCCGUUGCUUCGUAUGGCAGCGAGCAUGAUAUGAUUAUUGGAGAUUCACAUCCCCGACCGUCCUCUUACUGUGAUAGUCCCAGUUUGGUGGAAACCACAAACCAUUCGAUCAGCUCAAAUUUGUUGAAUAGCAGUUACAAUAAUAGCAAAACUAGCAGCGUGAGCAGCCACUCAUCGUCAUCGACAAACGGGGAUAAUGAAGAGAACUGGGAAUCCGGUGAGUCCUCCGCUAAACCACUUGUACACAAUAGUUUUCUUUCCUCUACUUCACUUUACACAUUUACCAAGACUCCUUUUUCACCUGCAAUCUAUCCUUUCACCCACCAAACUACAUCUCCGUCUGGCAGUCAGCCAACCUACUCUGUUCUUACAUACAACACUAGCAGUAGUAGGUGUAAACAAAAUAGAGUUGUUUGUGGUGAUAAUAAUAAUUUUAAACACGAUGAUAAUGAUGAUGACAGAAUGAAAUUGAAUGAACAUAAUGCAAAAUUUGUCGUUUUACCAUUUUCCUCUUCCGCUGCUUUUAUGUCAACAAUAUCUACUAACACAACAGUAGAGUCAAGUUGUGGUAGCAAUACGGUAGGGUCAACCCGUCAUGCACGCAAAAAUGUUUUCUCUGGUACUCGUCCAAAGUUAAUACAUCUACUAAUGGCACCUAAAUAUCCACGCCAGCCUCCACGCAAACUUAUUUUAAAACGUAAAUCCUCUUAUAAGCUGUUAAAUGGACCGGCGAUCAAUAACGCUACCAAUACUGGCGAGUUAACUGUGAAACAUGCUGCAAAUGGUCUAGAUUGUGGGACUUUCUCUAACGCAAGUAGUAGUGAGAAUGCUUCGGCCGUCAAUACUAAACAAAAAUUAAAAUUCCAAUUAAAAAGAAACAAAUUGAAAUUGUCUCAAAAAUUUCAACGGUUUCAAAAUUAUUUUCGCACUGAUCCGAUAGAUUUUUGUCAGAAUUUCGUACAGCAAACUACUGCUAUAAGACGUGAUAGUGCGAGCAGUACGGCUAGCUGCACUUACAAAUUGUCGACCACUACGCCUCUUUCGAUGACACCGCAGUCUUCUUCCACCUAUGUUCAGCUAUACACAAAUAAUAAAGAGAAUCCGUACGAACGACCUAAAAGGAAUGCUUCGAUGUCUACAUCGUUGGUUAGUAUACCCACAGCCUACCUUUCAGAGGAUUACUAUUCGUGUAUUUGUGACACUCAAUUAAGUUUUAAUAACUCGCCUUGCAAAAGUCCACGUUCAUUAGUAGACAUUGCCUUAAGUAGCGUGGCAAAUGGCGGCGGCAGCCGUCGAGAUAGCUAUAAUUUCAGCAAUAGCUUAACGCGGAGUAGAGACGGUGUUCUAAAGCCACAUAGAGAAAGACGGGCAACAGUGACCGGGACAGUGGCGCUGCCGAAUAUUCGUCGUAAUAUGGUAAUAGUAGCUGCACCACCCAUAGCAUACAACGCAAUUGGUUUCAACGUAAACAAUGUUGAUAUUAAUGAAACGCAAAGUCUAGUAGAGGCGAUCCAAUCUAAGGAUGAGGUCGACAUCUCGCAGCCUACUAGUAUUAAUCACACACCUUCCUGUGAUAUUGAGAUUCAAUGCCAAAACAUACCAUUCGCUUUCCCCCAGAUGCAACAAGAGCUGAGUAUGAUCUUGGAUGGUGAACGCUGUGUGCAAAGGAGACCACCUCAGAAAUAUUCCGUUAAUUUGGUAAUUGUAAAAGAAAGGAAGGAUGAUGUUAAUGUUACAAAAUCACUCCAAGUCACCUCCGGCCAUCCAUCGAUAACUGAAGCGGAAAAUUGUGAUCGGACAAUUGUCAAUGCGGAUGAGAGCCAACGGAAACAUUACGCGGAAUUUGACACUGAACUGUAUUAUUGCUCUAUGGGGCUCGAUUCCGGAACGAACUUACCGAAAGCUUUAAGAGACCAUUCAAUUACAUCGAAGUUUGUUAAACACGAAAAUCAUCUAAAGACUUCUGAGAGUGAAAUACAGUCCAUAGGUCAAACAGUGAAUGAAAAGGACGGCCAAGUGUGAUCGUUAACUACUUGCAUCUAUGAUUAGAAGACUACAUUUUAAUUUGCCCCUUCCUUAAGAUUGGUCAUUAGAUUGAAAAGUAUCUGCAGGGUGCAAAGUUUUUUAAUUAAAACGAAAACAGAGUAGGUCCCAUGUGUUAAUAUAAUGUGAAACAAUAUUUAAUUGCAGAUUGUAAAUUUUCUUCUUUUUUUUUCUAUUCACAUAACUUAUGCAUGUUAAAAGUACGUUUCGAUCACUCUGUUUUGUAUUAAUUUUACAUAUUUUUAUUGCACAUCGAUGACAAAGAAACCCGCGGUC